GGGCAGGCACUAGCACCAAGAAGCCAGGCAUACCCGUGGUGGCUCUCUGCAUGUGUGGAUGCGUGUGUACACAUAACAGGCUGUGUGCACAGGAGAGCUGAAGGAGGAGAAGGGCCGCCUUCCUUUGACACAUAAUUUUGAGCACCUGAUAUUUGAAACAUAUCAUCCUAGAUGUUGUAGAAGAUGCAAAACUGAGGCAUGGGCCCUCCCUGGGGAAGAGAGUGGUCCAAGCAACUAUGUUACCCAGCGUGAUGGAUGGAGGUGGUGGCCACGGUGUCUCUUGAGAGAAGGGUGGAAAGGACGGUGAAGAGCGUAUUUGGAGAAGGACUCAGAUUCUUCUGCAUUCUCCAGCGUUGUGUACUUGGGUGGAUCCAGGUUUCUCUUAAUUAGCUAGCCUCUUUAGGUCUGGAACCUUGGAAUCUGCAUCCUUUACCAUGUUCAUUGGGUCUUUUUUAAGUAUGGUAAAGUUUGAGAAGUUUGAUGAGACUUCUAGGGCAGAGGCACUCUUCCUUGUCACGUCCAGGCCCAGUGCUCUUACAGGGCAGAGGCCUCGCUGGGGAGGGGAAGGUGUCUGAUCUGUUUAUCUCAAGGCUCUGAGUUCACGGGAGUCCCCAUCACUCUCUCAGCCCUGUUCUGAGUCUUCCUGCCUAGGCCUCUCUUGCCCCCAGGGGCCCGCUUUCAUUUCCCUUUAUAUUUGGUUGCCUGUUUUUGACUCGGAGCCAUAAUCCUCUGCUUUUAGCAUUGUCCUCAGGGUCUGUCUGCCAAUCUCCUGGGCCUGGAUCCUCCUGGGGCAGGGUCCCUGGGAAGGAAGGAGGAGCUUCAAGCAGACUCUAGAGCUGCUGACCUCACUGCCUCGGAGUGACCUGUCCAGCUUCUUCCUAGUCAGCAUGUCUGAUCAGCUGUGAAAUUUCCAAAUCUGGUAGAUGGACGGGUCCGUGAAGGGAGAGGGUGUCUCCAAGAAGUCCCUGAUGGUCUGAGUCUCAAAUUUCAGAUUUCAUCACAGCAGCAGUGCCCUUGGCACCCUCUGCUCCCCUCCCCCACUCGGAGCCUUGCCCAGCAACUUUCCAUUGCAGGAAACAUCUGCUGGGGAGAGGCCAGGGGUUACUGCAGGACAUUGGCCAGGACCAUCACCCAGAUCCUGUAACUUGAAGCAUGUGCAGGCCUCUGGCCCUGCCCACCCACCGUCUUUCCUCCCUCCCUCCCUCCUGCCACGGUGACUUUUAACAAAGAGGUUGUUUGCUGGCCAGCUGAACGGAGCAGGGUCUGGUCGAAAAAGGGGUGUGUGCAGGGGUGUGGACAAGAGCAGACCCUUUGCACAGCUAAGUGGUGGCUGCUCUGCCUGGGUGAGGGCUAUGAGUCACAGCGGCCCAUGACUCCCCAGGGGAGAGACUGUGCGUUGAUUAAACGCAUGUCACUCUAUGGGACAGAUCAGGACUGCGGCACUGGGGCUCCAAGUGCCUCUUUGGAGCUUUCCCUAACUAUGAGUCACUCUGUCGUCUGUGAGUAGACAGUGGCGCUAGACCUCUGGACCCAGGGUAGGGCCUUCUCUUCGCGUGGAGUUUGUGCACUCGGGCUGCCCUGCAGACGCCUCCGAUGGUGCCAUGGCUGGCGGUGUCUGUGUCUCCUGAUCUCAGCUGCACUCUCAGGGCAAUCAUCCGUGCUGACUUCGAGGAGGUGCUUGGCUGCACCCCCCUGACUGCCUUCAGCCUAAAGUCCAGCCAAGGACGAAGCAGACCCCAGCUGUGGGAGACCAGCUGGCUGGUGUCUCCCGAGAACCAUACUCAUGACGUCCUCUGAUUUGUGAGAGUUCUGACUGAGGACCCGGCUCUGGGAGAAGAAAGGACAGCAGCCAGGGCCACACGGACCCUCCAUCCUGAAGCUAGAGGUCACCUUCCUACUUCUGGUCCAGACAGGGCCAAUUGUUUUCAUCCUUCAGGGACCAUCAGGAGUCAGAGUGCAAGGAGCUAUACUCCGCUGGGAAGGGCAGCUGUGGGGGGCAAUGGAGUCUUUGAUGGAAUCUGGGGUUCUCUGGAGCCUCCUUCUGCAGCAGGAAAGCCAGUCACUGCGGUGGUACUUGAAGAGGGUGACUGAUGUACCUGCGGGGGCUGGACUCUGUGGCUGGCAUGGAUCUGAGGAAAUCCCAGCUGUAUUAAGCCCCACUUACAAGCAGAGAAAUGAAGACUUCAGGAAGCUUUUUAAGCAACUUCCAGACACGGAGCGCCUCAUUGUGGAUUAUUCAUGUGCACUCCAAAGAGACAUUCUUCUUCAGGGCCGACUCUACCUCUCGGAAAACUGGAUCUGCUUCUACAGCAACAUCUUCCGCUGGGAAACCCUGCUGACAGUCCGUUUGAAAGACAUCUGUUCCAUGACUAAAGAAAAAACAGCUCGCCUCAUUCCCAAUGCCAUCCAAGUUUGCACUGAUUCCGAAAAGCACUUUUUUACUUCGUUCGGGGCCCGGGACAGGACGUACAUGAUGAUGUUCCGGCUCUGGCAGAACGCACUCCUUGAGAAGCCCCUGUGCCCCAAGGAGCUCUGGCACUUUGUGCACCAGUGUUACGGGAACGAGCUGGGCCUGACCAGCGACGACGAGGACUAUGUACCCCCAGACGACGACUUCAACACAAUGGGCUACUGUGAGGAGAUCCCUGUAGAAGAGAAUGAAGUAAACGACAGCUCAUCUAAAAGCAGCAUAGAGACCAAGCCAGAUGCCAGCCCACAGCUGCCCAAGAAAUCCAUCACCAACAGCACCCUGACCUCCACAGGAAGCAGCGAAGCUCCUGUCUCGUUUGAUGGCCUGCCUCUGGAGGAAGAGGUACUGGAGGGUGAUGGGUCCUUGGAGAAGGAGCUUGCCAUGGACAACAUCAUAGCGGAGAAGAUUGAGAUCAUCCCACCCGUGAACUCCCCUUCUUUGGACUUUAAUGACAAUGAGGACAUUCCCACUGAGCUCAGCGAUUCCUCAGACACCCAUGACGAAGGGGAGGUGCAGGCCUUCUAUGAGGAUCUGAGCGGCCGGCAGUACGUGAAUGAGGUCUUUAACUUCAGUGUGGACAAACUCUACGACCUGCUGUUCACCACCUCGCCCUUCCUGCGGGACUUCAUGGAGCAGCGGCGCUUCUCUGAUAUCAUCUUCCAUCCGUGGAAGAAGGAAGAGAAUGGAAACCAAAGCCGAGUGAUCCUCUAUACCAUCACCCUUACCAACCCUCUGGCUCCCAAAACUGCCACUGUCAGGGAGACACAGACCAUGUACAAGGCGAGCCAGGAGAGCGAAUGCUACGUGGUCGAUGCGGAGGUCCUCACCCACGACGUGCCCUACCACGACUACUUCUACACCGUCAAUCGCUACACGCUCACCCGCGUGGCCCGAAACAAGAGUCGACUCAGGGUCUCCACAGAGCUGCGCUAUCGGAAACAGCCUUGGGGCUUAGUGAAAACCUUCAUUGAGAAGAACUUCUGGAGUGGGCUGGAGGACUACUUCCGCCACUUAGAGAGUGAGCUCACCAAAACAGAAAGUACCUACCUGGCUGAGAUGCACAGGCAGUCUCCCAAGGAGAAGGCCAGCAAGGCUCCGACAGUGCGGAGAAGAAAGCGGCCCCAUGCCCACCUGCGGGUGCCCCACCUGGAAGAGGUGAUGAGCCCUGUCACGACACCCACUGAUGAAGAUGUGGGCCACCGGAUCAAGCAUGUAGCAGGUUCCACGCAGACGAGGCACAUCCCCGAGGAUGCUCCCAGUGGUCUCCACCUGCAGAGCGUGUCCAAGCUGCUGAUGAUUAUCAGUUGUGUUCUGGUGCUGCUGGUUUUCCUUAACAUGAUGCUCUUCUACAAGCUCUGGAUGUUGGAAUACACCACCCAAACCCUCACUGCCUGGCAGGGUCUGAGGCUUCAAGAAAGGGGUCUGGGAGCACAGGACAGUCUGCUGAGCAUAACUCCAGCUGCUGGGGUGCCCCUUCUUCUGCCCCACAGGUUACCCCAGUCUCAGACAGAAUGGGCCCAGCUCUUAGAGUCCCAACAAAAGUACCACGAUACUGAGCUCCAAAAGUGGAGGGAGAUCAUCAAAUCCUCAGUGAUGCUCCUUGACCAGAUGAAAGACUCGCUCAUCAAUCUUCAGAAUGGCAUCAGGUCCCGGGACUACACAUCAGACAGUGACGAGAGGCGGAACCGGUAUCACUGACAAGGCAGGAACAGAGGUGGCUGCAGGAGGCCGGUGCAAUACGUGUACAUAGACCCUAUAAAUAUAUAAAUAUAAAUAUAUAGAGAGAAUAUAAAUAUAUAUAUAUAUAUUAUAUACAGAUUUUAAAAAGAGAUAAUGCCUACAUACCAGGGAGAAGGAGCGGGCCCUCCCGCCCGCCCCGUGCCAGCCGGAGCAGCGAUUCCCCUGGGGGAGGGGCCGAGGAGGGCGGGGAGCAGCUCUCCGCACCCACAUCCCCUGACCCUCCUCUCCCACCCUCUGCUCCUCACCCCUUCCCUUGCUGGCCAUUCUUGGCUCCCAGAAGGGAAAGGUUGCUGAGCCAAAGCUAUGCCUGGGAAGACCCUCAGGUCCUGAAAGAAGUCUCACUGGGGGCAUUGCCUAAGGUGCUUCAUCCCCUGACUCCCUUUCGGUUGGUUUCCAGAAUAAAAGAGAAUCUGUUCUUCCCUCCCCUCCCCGAGCUUCCCCCCUGGUGUUCGCUUGAACACCAAGCAGGAGUCUGAUCUCAGCUCCUGGCUAGGAGGCCAGGGCUGCGGACCUUGCCCAGAGCCUGGUGGGGAGGGCUGGGAGAAUCUAGCACGGCGGCAGCGUCGUCGGUGAGCUCGGGCUUUGGAGCUGCAGGCUUCACUCGUGUUCGGAAAGGUUUCCCCUUGACCACCCCUGCGCCUUGCUCUGAUCUGGGUAGGACGUGGACCCAAUAAGGGCUGGGGAUUUCUAACUUGCCCACCCCCUUUCUCUCUGGUUUUCGCCCAGGCUGGAUCUGGGCGAACUGUCACUUUUUAGUGCCUAAAGUCCUAUUGUUUCUCUGUGCCCUAAGAGCACGCUGUUUAUUAGCCAGGAUGGAGCAUUUUUGACCUUGUUAAACCCCUUUUUGUGGUUAUGAACAAGUCAAAUCUGUGGCUCUAAUUCCUUCCAUUUGAGCUAUGAAUUUGAUUUCUAGGAUGAAUCAGGGUAUCUUAGGCCCUGCAGGUUUUAGAGAGAGAGAGAGAGAAGUCUCUAGCCAGUGUGGACUACAGGAUCUUCCUCAAAACCAGAUUCAUUCAGUGGAGACCACGGGCUGAGACACUUUGCUUGUAGAAGAGCAUCUGAGCCAAGGGAGAGGAGGAGUUGGUUAUAGAUAGGGGCCGGGGGUGGGGGGGGACCAGAUGCCUCACAGGGGCCAUUUCCUUGCUGACCAUCUCAGCUUUGGGCCUGGGGGUUCUGCCGCAGGCUUGAGCACAUCCUUCUCUGACCUCUGCUCCAGACAAAUGUGUGGUCACUGAGGAACAGAAAGAAGAUGCUGGGUUAGGGCCGGAGCCAUCCUGGGUCUUUUUAGAGUUGGCCAUGCUUUCAUCUGAUCUCAUGGGGCCCUUCUGGGCAAGUUCACCACCCUUCAUAUACCAGCCUUUCCCCAUCUGCUGACCGAAGGAGGCCUGCCAGCCCCAGACAGAGGCCAGGCGGUUUGUGGUCAGUGAAGGCAAGGAGAGCUCUCAGAGCCUGCUCCUUCUCCUAGGCUCUCCUUGAUGCAAGGAGUAGAAGAGAACCCUAGUGUGUGUAGAACCACAGCACCAAGGAUGGAAGCUUUUCAUCAGUGAUCUACCUCCCCCAGCCUUCUUUAGGAAGACCUUAGCAUCCCAUUUUGGAAGUUAAACAAAAGCCUGUUGACUUUCCAGUCUAUCCAAGAUUAAGGCCGUGGCAUUUUCCUAAGAGCAGAAUCAGAAAACAGAAGGAUGCACACCUGUAUCACCUGUGAGGCAGAUAGAUGAGAAGUCUGUCAUUAGUUAGUCGUUCAACUACCACUGAUGUCCCUCUCCAGAGGAGCAGGGCUGAUGCCUUGGCUCAGGGAAGUGGUCCCCAAAGGUGUGUGUGCCCUCAGGCCAGUGGUGACUCUCAGUUCUUGUCCGGUACUUUGAGGGAGAGACACUGGAGAGGGUCACGCUCCAUAACCCUUAGAGAAGGAAGCAUGGAACAGAAUGCUGGAUAUUUGCCCCUUAGAGUAGCCAGAAGCCAAAAUCAUCCCCUGAAACUGUGAAGAGCAGAAAUUGUAAAUUCUCAAAUGUAUUCCACACAUAAUUGUUGACUCAAGUCAUUAACUAUGAAAGGUUUCAUGGGCCCUUUGAGCAGGUUUAGAAGUUGCUUGCUGGGAAUGAAGUGACAGAAGUAGCCUGGUCCCUGUGAGGUACACUCUACUGCUCAGCUCUCUGGAUCACUUGGAGGAGCAGUAGGUCAGGAGGAGGGUGCUUGUCCAAGGCACCCUCGGUUACUGCUGAAUUGGACCCAGAGGCGAUGUGUACAUAUGGGGAGUGUCUCCUGAGAGUCAUGGGUCCUUCCAGAACUCUCUCUGUUCAAUAAUUGGUUUGGCUUUUAAGCCAGAAGAUGACCAACAACUCUUUGCAUUCCCAACCACAGUAGGAUUCCCCUUAGCCAGUAACUUGAGAAAAGAAAAACUCACCCUCUCGGACAAGUCUGGAAGUGAGACAGUCGCGUGGCACUGUGAUCCCUGCCAGUAGCCUGGCGUGUCCUGUCUGUGACAAAGCAUCAGUUACUGCUUCCUGUCAGUACGUUUUGUUUUUGUUGACAUGGGAACACUGGAAUCACACAGAUGUUUAUCCGCAAGGAUUCAUGUGGUGACACACAUGAGACUUUGUAUUUAAUUCUAAAGAGUUUGCAGUUUCUAACCAGGGAAACAUGACUACAGGAUCUACCCUUCCCCUCCUGCUUACGGUGACCAGGCUGGCCUUGGAAAUGCCAAUCAUGUCUGCAACUCUACCCCCUUCCCUGCCUGAGACAAGAGGCUGACAUCCAGGGCCAGCAAGCUCAGUGACUGGACACUCAGAAAGAGCACUGAAUCAAAAGUCCAGAGACCGGACCUGUGUGAUUCUUCAUUGUAGAGCUUCAGUACACACCUGUAACAGGAGGCUGGGGUGGGCCAUCUGAAGGGCAGGUUCGAGCUUUGGCUUUGAUUGAGAUUGGGCUAGAGCCUCACGACUGGCCUUUCCCGGGAUAGGAAGGUUGUCUGGCAGGAGGCAGUGGUUUUCUAGACCAGAGCUUCUCCGCUGUGUAGUAGACAGUAGGGCCCUGUGUGGGUUCCCGAGAAACCUGCAGUGGUUAGACUUUGUUCUCGGGGUCCAGGAGGAGUAGGGAGGCCCAGAGGCAGAGAGAUUGUUGUUCAGUAUUAACCUAGGCGUGGUUUUCCCUUCUUGGGUCUAGUUCCUAUCUGGGAAAGGAACUUCUUCUAACCUAGCAGAAGUACACUGAUAGCAAGAAGAGCCGAAUCCUGAACUGCGCCUCCCUUCCGUCUCUAGGCUCCUUCCAUCUAUCCUGCUCCUCCACAGAGGACACAGUGGAGAGAAGCCACUUCUGAUUCUAGCACUUCUCUUUGGGUUCAACCAAAACAAACAAAAAACUCUGCUGUGGUUAGAUAAAGUCCUCAAGCUGCCUAUGGGCAGCGGCAGUAAGAACCUUUGAUUACAAGGAGUAAGGGGGACCAAGAGGCCUUAAGAGGAAUCUUUUGCUGGAAGUGGAUUCUCUCCGUGUCCUGUCCCUGCCCGCCACACACUUGGACUACACCUAUGGUAUUUGCAGGCAGCAUGUCUAGGGUGAAGUCUUGGAGCAGAAUCUUUCUGGACGGUCUAUGGUCCCAGAGAGGCCCUUUCUGUGCCAUAUCACACCACUUGAGCUCUGCAGGGCAGCCAAACCAGCCCAUUCCUGCUAGGGCCCCUUGGAGAAAUAGUACUCUUGUCUCCUCCCUUCCAUGGCAGGGCUGUGCCCCCACUCCUCGAAUCCCAGGACCCAACCAUACUCCCGUAUAAACUGCACCCGGCUCCCUCCCCACCCCUAGUCUGUGGGACAAUCAUCCCAUGCGUCCCUUGACAUCCUUGGUCCUUCCUCCUUCAAUCUCCAGCAGGCUGGCCCCCUCCCUUUCACCUACGUCUUCUUCCAGAAGAUGCAUUUUGGGUCUACAACGAGUUUACUUCUGGAAGGACACCUUUCAACACCCCUGCUUUCCUGAUGCGGAGCAGGAAUUUGCACAUGGUGUAGAGAGCUCCCCCUCCCACCUCUCUGCCCAGCCUUGUUUACCUCACUCUUGCUCCGGCCAUGGCUGUGAAGGGCCUAGCCAGCUCCCUGUUUUGAUGAUCUGUGCGACAGCUCAGGGGUCUUGAGACUCGUGGUCCUCAGCAGGCCUGGGAGCCCAGAUUGGACCUUUGGCUCCUGGUGAGAAGCACUUUGCCUGCCAAGAUUUGUUGAUGCCAGACGAUCUCCCCAACACAUGAAGGCUUGAAGGACAUUGUCAUCUCUGCCUCUUGGCCCUCCUUGCGUCUCUCAACACAAUAAGACAUUGUAGAAGCAAAAUAGCAGCACAUGCCCCAGGCAGGACAGCUGGCUCUGUCUGGGGAGCUGGCCCUGGGCUCGGUGGCCUUGUGGAGACUGCACAGUAAAAGCAACCAUUUUUGCCAACGAAAGAAUGUGGCUCCCCACAUUUCCUUACCCUGCACUCUAGGGUCAGACCACUCUCUGCAUGGACCAGACCAUCUUCCCAAACCCAUGGUGCUCCUCCUCCCGCACUUAACCUAGGCUCCAAGAUGGGGAGGGAUGGACCACAGGCUACGUCGGCCACCACAUGUUCCUGACAUGGGGUGGGACGGGGUGAGGCAGAGGGAACAGCCCCAACAUCUGCACUGGGCCAUAUAUGUGGGGAAGAACACAGGUUAGUUGCAGUUGAGUUGUCUGGCUGUCUGUAUUUGGAUCUGUAACUGUACUCUGCCUGGCGCUGUGCGCAAGGUUUGAAAACACUGCUAGUACCUAGAAACCUACAUGGCUACCCAGCCAAAUCUUAAUGUAAAGUAGCUAGAGCCAUGGAAGUGCAGUACAAAUUAAAAGAAAAAAGUAUUGAAUUACA